CAGUAAUAUGAGCUUCGGUGUAAUUAUAAGUGUAGAAAGUGAAGCUUUCCAGGUGCUUAAGGGAGUGCCGGAGAGACCUGAGGUUGUUCUUGUUAAGUCAAGAGAGAUCAAAAGCAAAAUUGAGAGGAAAUUUAAUGCUCAAGAUCACUCUAAGAAUACUGUGUCUGUGAAAGAUAUUGUAAAUAUUGUGGAGGGUCCUUGCAAAAAUGAUUCCCUGUCAAUAUUUGUGGGUGUCAGAGCUUCACCUCAUGUCACCCAGUCCCCAAGAAGACCACCGAGAGGAUCUCCAUUAGACUGUUUCAUGAUCUCCAAUUCCAUGAGUAAAUGA